UUAGACCAGUAAGGGAUGGUGCCUGGGCCCAACUGGCCCCACAGGUUCACCGGUACCGGGAAAUGGGUCCGCGGUAGCGCGGUGGCGGAGCGACCGCGCAGGGAGAGCCGCCACGCCCAGCCGGGAGUCCCGGGAGCUUCCAGCCGCGUAAGGGGCGGAGCCACGCGCCCACCGGGGGCGUGGCCUUCGGCGCGCGCGGGAAAGGGGCCGGCGUCGCAUGCGCGCGCACAGUCGGCGGCCGCGCGCAGCACGCUUGGGGCCCGGAUGGCGGCGGCGGCGGCUGGAAAUGGGACACCCCGCGAGGAGGAGGGGCCCAGUGGGGAGGCAGCGGCCCCGCCGCCGCAGGCCCCGACGAGUGUGCCCGGAGCUCGUCUCUCGAGGUUGCCGUUAGCGCGAGUGAAGGCCUUGGUGAAGGCGGACCCCGACGUGACCCUCGCGGGACAGGAAGCCAUCUUCAUUCUGGCACGAGCAGCGGAAUUAUUUGUGGAGACCAUUGCAAAAGAUGCCUACUGCUGUGCUCAACAAGGAAAGAGGAAAACCCUUCAGAGGAGAGAUUUGGAUAAUGCAAUAGAAGCCGUGGAUGAAUUUGCUUUUCUGGAAGUCUCUUGCUGUGUCAAGUAAGGACAUUACAAAUACUAACCUAAGGUAAGCCAACCUAAGCUAAACCAAAGCAAACUAAGCUAAGCUACCGACUCCUGGCAUCAUUACUAUAUUCAGUAAGUUACAUUUAAACUACGGAUAGAUGUAAGGGCAUAAUUUCUGCAGAAGAGGCAGACCUUUAAAUUAAAACAUCUCAGUACAUUAAAAGAGAAAACUUCACUAGCCACCGGCAUUUAGACUGGGUGUCUGGAAAUCACUGAGAAUCUGGCCAUUGAUCAAGGACCAUCAUUCUGUGUUGUUGCCUGUGAUCGCCAUCUAGAUGAGCUACCGUCUGUUGACUUCAUUUCCCACUCCUGGCUCCCAACUGCAUUGCAGCCCCCCACUCCCAGAUGACCCUGACUGGGUGUUGAGGUGACCCCCAGCCCUGCAGCCUGGCUUGCACAGACAGCUCUUGCAUCCUGUGUGUGGAAGUGCCCAGUGACAUCUAAAGUCAGAGGGUGACUUUAUUUCUGAGAGGAGGAAGAGGGGUGAGAGGGGUUGUGACUGUCUGCUGGUCACCAGCCUUGGUUCCUGUGUCUUCUGUCUGACCACCUACCUUGGAGGGAGUGUGUGUGAUAAGGGGCUGCACAUGAUGUUGUCGCCAGCCAGAAAGGCAGCAACUGGUGUGAGCCCAGUUACUAAAUGGGGUGAAGGCCAAAGAGAGAAAGAAACAAGAGGGACUGAAGGACGAGGGCAUAGUGGUUGCUCACAGGUGAGGGUGCUCCAGGGACUUUCCUUGCCCAGAGUCAGGUGGGCGCCCACUGAACUGGUCUGGCGGGGAGGGAGCUGUUAGCCUGUGGGGAGGGCAGGCUGGCAUAGGCUUCUCUGUCUGGAGACACUCAGGGGGAGGUAGGAAGGCAGAGAAGAGAGUCCCCCUGCCACUUCCUGAGACACUCUUCUGGCCAUUUAAUGGGAUUCUGGGCAGAUUCCUUUUCCACGGCCUCAUAUGGGACUAAGAGACACAGGCCAAAUAAAGCAAGGCUCCCAAACGUGCCGUUUGGGACCGUUUCUGCCAGUCAGGGUGAGGCAAUUGCAGAAUAGGUUCUCCUGGGCCCACCUGGGAAGCCCUUUCCUACCCUAGGGCUUUGAACCUGAACCUGAACCUGAAGGCAACUUCAUAAUCCCUGAAGUGAAUAAAGGAUGCUUACAGUGGCCUCUUGCCAUUCUGUGCUCUGCCCAAAUAACAACAAAAAGAUGUCUUGGAAUUAUAUUGCACCUGCAGUGUCUGAGAUAAACCAUACAUAUUAGAAUGUAGGUCACUAAUUAGUGACUAUUUUUUAAAAGCAUUUCUCAUGUUACACUAUUUACCAAACGGAUGGAAGUAUCAGACUACUUUCACAACAGGUGCAGCUGUGCGCAUGCGCUCCUGCUAAAUGCCAGCCCAGCUCACAAGAAGCACCAAGCCUAUUUGCAAGAUGAGGAACUGUUGACACAGGUGUUGACUUGUGCUGUCAUAACUUGCUGCAAGGGAGAAAAACCGACAGUGGUGGUUCCUGUCGUCUCUGUUCCCUGAAACCCCCACCUCUGGCAAGAGCCCCAUUAAGUCUGCUUUGAGACACAGGCAUCCAUCAGGAGCUCCUGGGUGUAUUCAGACCUUGUGGGGGAGGCAGAGUUUGGAUUACAUGUCCGCAUAACGUGGCUCUAUAGCAUGUGGCUGAUUCUCCCAGCAGACUGGCCCUGGGGCCUGUAUCAUUUUUGAGAUGUGUUUUUGAGCCAUCACAUUUCCCCAGCCGGGGGAAACAGGGAUUUUUAGAAAAUCAGCUACUAAGAAACUGGCAUACAAUGCAAUGUGAUCCAGAUUUUUCUUUUGAAGUAAUAAAUAAAAUUCUUUCACUCACCUUA